UGGCUUAAACGCAAGGUGCAUUUUCGUUGGAAGUUAUUUGCAUAAACGCACGGUCGACAUCCGAUAGGUCAUGCCGUCUCUUGAUCACAGCAAAAAAUGGAGUCGACCAAAUCAGCUGAUGAGGUCGAAAAAAAGCUUAAAUUACAACUAUUAGCUGAAGAAUCUGAAGACUGUGUCUGCUCUAAAGCUUCGGAAAAGAGUUUCUUAGGAUGGCGUCGGUAUGAAGAGCAAAAAGAACACAAAAAGCGAUGCGAAACCAGUCGAGCUGGUAACCAAGCGUUGUUAAGGCGAGAGAAAACACUUCUCGCUGCUACGGGGGACUUUUUAUUUCGCCACUAUGAGUCGUUUGACCGUUACAUGGCCCAGUAUCGAGAGAACCACUCGACAUCUUGUAUGGAAAGAGAACUGAACUUAAUACCUAUACUUGGCGUUGAUGUUCCUGACCCCUAUUUUCCCAAGAUCGCGAAUUCAAGUGCUUUGAUGGAACGAAUUAAAAUAAUUGAGGCGCUAUCAGAUUUUUACAAACUGCCUAAAGAUGCAAACAGUGAUGUAAAGAACAUUUGCUUGACUGGGAAGAAAGCAGAUCCCGCAGAAAGAAGAUACUUACCUCAGACACCAAAAAAAUCAAAUAACAGCACGCUACCCGCGUUAAUCAUAAAUUCCGCCAACGACGUGAACGACGUGCCGUGUUUGCCUACAGUACGAGAGGGUGAAGACGAAGAAGAUUGUAGUGGACGUCAACAGGGGCCAUCUAUGGAUGAACGUUGCCCAGAAAUAACUAAAAAUGACUUUAAUAACUGCAAUCGCUUUGAAAACAAUGAGAAAAAUUUUCGUAAAACGUGUACAAAUCUAGAAAGAGAGAGUAAACCAAAACUGAAAGAGUCGUUCGUUCUUCCUGCAGCAAAACUCGUUUGUAAUGAAAGUACGGAUAAAGAACGGGAAUAUUUACGAACUACUUUGCCUCGGAUACCUUUGUGGAUAGAAUACGAACCGAAUAAAGAAAGACAGCGUAAAGAAAUGGUGUUAGAAACUUUACGAAUCGGGAAAAAAUGUAAAGCGUCGAAAAAAGGUAGUUCGAGUAAUGAAACGCAGGGAGAAUGCCUCAACUUACGUAGUAACUUGGAUACGAGAGAAGGAAUUCCACCGCCUUCAAGGGGAAACCUUCGUCUGGGAACAACCGUUAGACCUGCCACUAACCAAAAAGAUGUAAAAAGAAAAACAAACGUUCCUCAAACUCCACAGGGUAGAUUUGACUUGCAUAGCAACAGUUAUCUAUCGGGGUCGUCUCAUCAGUCAAGGAAGUCUAAACUUCCAGUAGAAACUACUUUUAUUAAAAUACUAGGUAACCAAAAGGUGGCGCCCCCGAAACCAUCGAAUGUGAAUACAGAGAGAAAAAGAGACACUCCGAGAACAAAGAUUCGGCGUCAGUCAUCUAGCAAGGAAUAUCAAGGAAUACCCUUGCGAUACCUUCGUAAAUUUGGUCGACACAAUUUCAAUCACGUGUUAGAGGCACGUUCAUACAAACCUGAGACCAGAAAACUUGGAUCUACGAUUAUUCCUAAUUAAAUAUUGAUAUGACAAAGCUAUUGGAUCACGUGACCAUUUCCCGCCAUAUUUCCCGCCUUUACGGUAACACAUGUUCUGUUAAACAGGUUAUCUGCAAAAUGGCGGGAAACGAUCACGUGAUAUGCUAAUAUGUUUAUAUCUCAUUUAUGGGCGCUAAGAAAUUUUCUGUAAUAAAAUUAUGAAAUAUU